CCAAGGAAAUCAUAAUAAAAAGGGGACGAGUGGAGAAACACAGAACAAAUAUAAAUAUUAUCCAAACACAUGCACACACCACUCAAUUUGCAACGAUGGCGACCAAGACCCCACCGUCACAACCGUCUUCUUCUUCUUCUUCAUCAAGACGAACAUGCCUCUGCGCCCCUACCACACAUCCAGGCUCGUUCAGGUGCGCCCGGCAUCGGAAAGUUUCGGCCAAACCUAAAGUGGGUGGUGGUAACCGAGUGCAUCAGUCCAAGAUGGAAGCUGCUGCGGCGGCAGCGGUGGCGGCUACCUCAAAAGCAAGUCUUAUCAAGGCGAUUUUGUUUCAGAUCAUCAAGCCAUCGAGCCAUGAUCUUCAAAGGAGGAGGAAUUUCCGGCCAAAACCAUCUAGAUUUUGUCUAAUGAAUAGCACAGCCGACGGCCGAGUAGCAGUUUCAUGAUCCCUCUUUCUCUUCUCUCUAUUAGAUGAGAAUUCUGAAUCUUUGUGAAUAUGGAUAUGUUUAGGAAGUAGUAAUUUUGAUGACUCUGAUUCUUGCAUGUUGAUGUAGGCGGAUAUAAAUUCUGGUUAUUAUUAUUAUUAUUAUUAUUAUUUUUAUUUCAGUUUUUUCUUCUUUUUAUAUAUAUUUUUUAAUUUACAUAUGAUGAGCUAGCAUAUAACUAAGAUUAUCCAUCUAGAGGAAAGUUCCAGGUGAAGAUGGAAGAUCUCAACUUUGGAUCUUGAACAUGAGAGUUGAUGUCAUCAUUGUACAACACAGAAAUGAAUUAUUCUCUCUUUUGGAAUUCACCAGGAAGGGAAAGGAGUGGGAGAGAGUGAGGAGACAUCUGUUUGGACAAACUCAUUAAUGAGGGUAGAAUGAAGGGUUAUGGAACUG